AGCUCGCUACGAGCUGGCAACGAGCUGGCAACGAGCUGGCAACGAGCUCGCUACGAGCUCGCUACGAGCUCGCUACGCGCGAUAUGGGCUGAGCGGUGCCGAUUUCGCGCAGUCUCGGCACAAGCGUCCGCUCGCCCCGAGCUCUUCAGCCAGAGGCCUCGAAAACGGGCGAAUGAGCGCACACAGCCACUGCCCCGUGUUUACCCGAUGCAACCGGCACGCUGUGUUCGCACGGGACACAUCCCGUGCCCUUGGGAUGCUCUCUCCCGCCCGCCGUCAAGUCUCGUCCGUUCCAUCGCCCUCUCGUGGAGGAAUCUGUUAGGGCCGCGAUGACGUAGUUCUUUUCAGUCACGCAAUGGUCUUUGCGACCCGUGCCGUCAUCAAUUACGGCGCGUGCAUUGCGCCACCGCGUGCAACCCCUCGCGCUGUUCACCAGCGGGGCGACCUCUGCGCCAUCGCUCUCGAUUAGGACCUCAGCACCAGGGACAGCGACUUCAGCACCAGGGACAGCGGCCUCAGCUCCAGGGACAAAUCUCGGGGCUGCGUGGAAGGGGGGAGGGGCCGUAGCCUGUAGGGGCCGUAGCCUGUAGGGGCGGCCGUGUCGAGGAAGGGCGGGGGGAGGCGCGCGUGGCCCCUUCUCCGCACAAAGGAAUCGCUGUUGAGAGAAGCACAGCGCGGCGGUGGAGCGAUUUCUCCAGCGGGACCGAAGUAGCGGCAUCGCCCCCGCGUGGGGGAGCAAACAACACACGCAGCGUGAAUCCCUCCAGCUGCGGGAGCAGCAGCCAGCCCGACUGCCCAGGGAGACGGCGAGCCGGGGGGCCGCGUGCGCGGGGAUGUUGGGCCACGUGCGCGCCACGCAGCAGGAGACGGAGCGGCUGGCGCUGGGCACGGCGCUCAAGCGCGUGUCGCUCAUGCUGCAGUACCCGGAGCAGCUGGAGCGCGUGGAGCAGUACCGCAAGCGGGAGGCGCGGACCACCGCCUCGCUCGAGACGCGCCUCAAGAGCGCGCUGCAGUCGCAGCUGGAGGGGGUGCGGCUGGGCCUGUCGCAGCUGCACGGGGCGCUGGCGCGCGCCCGCGAGACGGGGCGCGCCCUGCGCGGGGUGCGCGCCGAGCGCGAGGCGGGACUCGCGGCCCUCGAGCCGCUGGGCGACCUGCGCGGCCUGGCGGACGAGCACGGGCAGCUGGCGGCCGCCGUGGAGCACACGCGCAUCAUCAUGAGCGUGCGCGAGCUGGAGCAGGAGACGCGCGACUGGAUCGAGCAGGGGGAGCUCCUGGCCGCACACAAGAACCUCAUGGAGCUCGAGCACUCGCGGGACAGCCUGCUGCUGCGCCAGCACCUCAAGGACGCGGGCAACGCCGCCAACCUGCACCUGAUCCGCGAGUACUUCUCCUGCGCCGAGUCCCUCGCCGGGGAACUCGCCAAGCAGCUCUGGCUCGUGGUGCAGCGUGGCCUCGGCACGGCGCGGCGCGACCCGGCCAUGCUGGUGUCGGCGCUUCGGGUCAUCGAGCGCGAGGAGGGGCUGGACGCGCUCGCGGACGAGCGGCGGCAGAGCUCCGGCUUCGUCGCCCCGGGGCGGCCCAAGGAGCUGCGGCGCCGCUGCAUGGAGGUGCUGCAGCAGACGGUGAGCACGCGCGUGGAGAGCGGCCAGACGGACACGCGGGACGACGACAGCCUGUGGCUGGCGCGGCACCUCGACACGCUGCAGCGCCGCAUCCUCGAGGAUCUGGUGGUGGUGAAGACGCUGAUGGCCCACUGCUUCCCGCCCAAGUACAACAUCUUCUCCGCGACGCUGAGAUUCUACCACCGGGCGCUCGGCGCGCACCUCCGAGACAUCGUGUCCGAGCAGCUGGAGGCCAACGAGAUCGUGUCGCUGCUCACCUGGGUGCUGCACACCUACCCCAGCGAGGAGAUGAUGCGGCACCCCGACCUGGCCCCGGAGGUCUCCGUGGAGGAGCUGCCGCCGCUGCUGUCGCCUGGGGAGGUGGAGGCGCUGUUGCACAAGUACCUGCACACGCUCCAGAGUAACGUGUGCACGUGGCUGGGCAAGGCGCUGGAGGCCGAGCGUCGCGAUUGGAUGCGGAACCAGGAGCCGGACACCGACCAGCACGGAUACUUCCACACCGCACUGCCUGCCAUCGUGUGCCAGAUGCUGGAGCAGAACGUUCAGGUGGCCUCCCAGGUGAGUCCCCGUCUCGUAGGCCGAGCCACGACCAUCGGCCUGCUGGAGGUGCAGACCUUCCUGUGCAGGUACCGCGCGGUGCUGGGCGGAUAUCGGCAGGAGCACGCGCAGAACCGGCAGCUGCCGCCCUUCUACGUACAAUACAUGACGGCCGCCACCAACAACUGCCUUGCCUUCAAGGAGUCGAUGAGGCAGCUCCUGGAGAAGCGGCCGACAUUCGGGGCCCCGGGGGUGGAGGGCCCUUCCCAGGAGGCCGCCCCCGUUCCGGCGCGGUUGCCCGACCUGACGACGCAGCUGGACGGCAUCGCGGCCGACGCCUGCGAGUAUCUGCUCGACGAGGUGUUGCUGGACAUCGAGCCCCUGCUGCAGGAGCUGCUCACCAGGGCCUGGGUCUCGAGCUCUCGCGCCAUGGACACCAUCUGUGCCACGGUUGAGGAUUACUUCAGCGACUUUUCCAAACUCAAGAAGCCGUACCUGCAGGAGCUGACGGAGCGCGCUCACCGCCGACUCGUCAGCGAGUUCGUGCGCGCCGCCGUGCAGCGCCGCGUCUCCUUCAAGGGCUGCGAGGAGCGGCGCGAGGCCGCCGAGAAGAUGGAGUGGGAGGCGCGCCAGCUGAAGCAGCUCUUCCAGAAGCUCUCCCACGGCCCACUGAGUGAGGAUUCGCUGAGUGACGUCAUCCCGGCCUUGGCCGAGCUCGUGCGCCUCAAGGACACCUCCAUGCUGUGCCUGGAGAUCUCGGGCCUCCUUCACAAAUACCCCGACGUGCGAGAGGAGCACAUCUGGGCGGUGCUGGCGCUGCGUGGCGAUGCCACCAGGGACAUGCGGCUGGUUCUCACCGAGUGCAUGAUGCAGCGUCGGGCCCACGUCAGUGCCCCCGCAGCGCCGCCCAGCGUCGCCGCACUAAACUUCUUUGCCGACAUCCCCGUGACGAGCCACCUCCUGCCCCAGCUCGGGAAAUGAGCCGAGUGCGUAGCGACGAGGUCAAGGGCGGGAGAGCGAGAGAGCCCCGAGUCUCACGUGGAGACACCACAACGAUCAAAUACAACCCCAACCACGACUCCAACCUCAAUAAUGACUACAAUCCCAAAUCCAACCCCAACCGCUAUUACCCACUGUCCAGCCCCCAUCCUGGACUCAAAGCCACUCCAUUCAAUCCGGGACUCGUAAUGCCCUGACUCACGAAACCCAAGCUCCCUCCUCCUCUUCUCUAGACUUUAAGCAUUACCCCUCACUCUCAACUCAUAACCGCAACAGAUGAGCCCCAAAACUCUGAGGCACCCACAGGCCUUGUUCUGCCAGCUGUCCUGUCGCGUUGCUUGCAAGGCUCAUUAGGCCGUGUGCACACUUACUCCUGACAAGGGCCCCAUUUGAUCAAAACCAUGCCCAGCAACCUCCAACCCUAAACACAGCUAAGUAGCGCUUAUUCGAUAUCACCUUCUUCCUGUAGUGAUGCGCAUAUACUCACACUGACAACAGGCACACACACACAACAAUAACGCAAGUGCUGUUAGUGGGCACGGCACACGAGGGGUGGAUGGCCAGCACCACGCCCAGCCACCUGUCUACCCAGUGGCGAUGUAAUAAUUUGAGGCCGAGUUGACCUAGGGGAGGCCCAGGACCGGUUCAGAUCAUCGUCACUGGUGUUGACCAAGAGCGGAAUCGAACUCGGGUCUCCAGGUUUAUAGUGCAGCGCCCCAAUCGCUGUACGACCGCUCACCACACACAACACACACACAAUACACACACGCACACAGACAUAUACACUCACAUUGGGUGUUGUCCCAGCUAUUACAGUCCUACAGUAUUAAGUAGCGUCCAAGUAUUAAUGGGGUCCAUUUGUAAUGUUGGUGCUUAGAACGAGUGUUGGUCCUUUAGGCUUGUGAUCAGUGGUGUUAUUGGUGCCUAGACGCUGGUGUUUCAAUCCGGCAACACCCCUCGUCGCUGGAUAAGUACGUGUAACAAGAGACGACUGCACAUGAUUUUAUCCCUUUAUGAAAAUAUUUACAAAUGCAGGCA